UGAGCAGACAGGACGACGUUAACAGAGACACAGCAGCAGAGAUGGGUUUGGAGAGGAAGGUGGAGGUCCCAGUCUACGACCUGUCUCUGAUGAGAGGGAUCUGGGAGGUCCGAGUGAAGAAAUACAGACACAAACAGAAGAAGGAGCAGGAGAGGGUGGAGAAGAGCGCCCUUGCCAGGAUCGACCAGGAGUGGCAGUAUCGCAUCUAUUGUAAAACACUGAAGAGCAACGAGCGGAACCUGCUGCACCACUACCUGGAGAGGUCUACGCUGACUGAUCUACAGGUGUAUACAGACCCAGACCAGCAGCAGGACCAGGAAGUCCAGCAGGAUCAGAAAGAUCCAGAUCAGAACAAACUGACUUUCCAGCUGGAGGGAGACCGUUGGACGGACUUCCCCAAGGAGCUGCAGUGGAUGACCUACCUGAGGGAGUGGCACGUCACAGGGACUAAGAUCCGCCGGCUGCCCGACUACCUGGCUCUGUUCACCCAGCUCACCGUGCUCGAGAUCCCCAAAAACGCCAUCGCCGAGCUGCCGCCUGAGAUCGGUAAACUGACCGGGCUGAGGGAGCUGAACGUCAGCUACAACCGUCUGUGCAAGGUUCCUCCAGAGCUCGGGAACUGUGAGAACCUGGAGAGACUCGAACUGGCGGGAAACCACAACCUGUCGGAGCUGCCGUUUGAGCUGAGCAGCCUGAAGCAGCUGGUUCACCUGGACAUCGCGGAGAACAGGUUCGCGUCGAUCCCCAUCUGUGCUCUGAGGAUGAGCAGCAUGCAGCUGCUGGACCUGAGCAACAACAGCAUGACCGACCUGCCGCAGGACAUGGACAGGUUGGAGCAGCUGGUCACUCUGUUCGUCCAUAAGAACAACCUGUCCUACCUCCCUCACUGUCUCAGCAACAUCUCCACGCUCAAGAUGAUCGUUGUCAGCGGCGACGAGCUCACCUGCAUCCCGACCAAACUGUGCAGCAGCCCCGACAUCAAGUUCAUCCGACUGUACGACAACCCUACGAGUGCAGAGAAGAAGAAGAAAGAGGAGGAGGAGAAGAAGAAGAAGGAGAAGAAACAGAGAUGGAGAGAGCAGAGGGAGGAGGAGAGGAAGGACAGCAGAGAGAAGGAGUUCAUAGAGGCGUACAUCAGCACGCUGAAGGACAGAGACUCCGUCCCCUACUCCACCACCAAGGUCUCCAUCUCCUGCCUGCUGUGAGGAGGAGGAGGAGGAGGAGGAGGAGGAGG